AUUUACUAUCAAGAUCAAUAAAACAUUUUAACUCUCUACUUACAUCAGUCAUGCCAAUGACAUUAGACGAAGAUUACGAAAACGUAGCAGUGGGAAAUCAGAAAUUAACAAAUAAGGAACCUUCAAGAAUGCCGAACAUCAAAGUAUUUAGCGGUAGCUCACACCCAGAUCUUGCGAAACUUAUCGUAGGCAGACUUGGUCUUGACCUAGGAAGAGCUACAUUAAAGAAGUUUAGCAAUAAGGAAACCAAUGUUGAAAUUGGAGAGUCAGUAAGAGGUGAAGAUGUGUAUAUCGUGCAAAGUGGAUGUGGUGAAAUCAAUGAUAAUCUUAUGGAACUUCUGAUUAUGAUAAACGCUUGCAAAAUUGCAUCGGCAUCUCGUGUUACAGCAGUUAUACCUUCUUUUCCAUACUCCAGACAAGAUAAAAAAGAGAAAAGUCGUGCACCGAUCACUGCUAAGCUUCUUGCUAAUCUGAUAUCAGUAGCUGGGGCCGAUCACGUUAUAACGAUAGAUUUACACGCGUCUCAAAUCCAAGGUUUCUUCAAUAUACCUGUGGAUAAUUUAUACGCUGAACCCGCUAUCACCAAGUGGAUUAAAGAUAAUAUUCCAGAAUGGGAGAGCAGCGUUAUGGUUUCACCAGAUGCAGGUGGUGUGAAGCGAAUGACCUCCAUCGCAGAUAGACUUGAUAUUGAUUUCGCAAUCAUCCACAAAGAAAGGCAAAGGGCAAAUGUAGAAGAUUCAACGGUUUUAGUAGGCGAUGUGAAAAACAGGACGGCAAUUAUGGUUGACGAUCUAGCUGACACUUGUGAUACGAUAGUAAAAGGAGCAGAAAAGUUACUUGAAGCCGGUGCUAAUAAAAUAUACGCUAUACUUACUCAUGGGGUACUCGCAGGUAAUGCCAUAGACAAAAUAAACAAUUCGUGCCUGGAAGCGUUUGUUGUAACGAAUACGAUACCACAGGAUAAAAACAUGAAAAUGUGCCCGAAAUUGCAGACUAUGGAUAUAUCAGUAAUGCUAGCAGAAGCUAUAAGAAGGACCCACUACGCUGAGUCCGUUUCAUACUUAUUCAACAAUGUACCUUACUGAUUAUUAUUCUCUGAUUAUAGUGGGGACGAAUGACUAUAUUCUAAGUUACUAAAAUAAAAAAUAUUUUUUUUAUACGCA